UAAAAAAGUACACAAAUGCAUAAGAUUCUAGAGUUUCAAGCCGUUAUACUGGCUGCGGGAAGAGGAUCCCGCUUGCCUGAUGUAGGAGGAACAGUGUCAAAAUGUCUACUGCCUGUUGGACCCUAUCCAGUUCUUUGGUACUCACUGAAUAUGCUUGAAAAAUAUGGAUUUCAAGAAACCUUAGUAGUGGUUCUUGACGAGGACAAGUCAAACAUAUUAAAUGCACUAGAAAAGUGUCCUUUAAAAAUUAAAUAUGAACUAAUUGUCAUACCUUCUGAAGAAGACUGGGGCACUGCAAACUCUCUAAAACAUAUAAGCAGCCGAGUAACAACUGAUCUAAUAGUUGUAUCUGGAGAUCUUAUCACUAAUGUUAAUUUAAACGAAGUUCUGAACCUUUAUAGAAAACAUGAUGCAGCCCUUGCUUCUUUAUUCUUUAAUAAUGGUCCAGAAGAAUGGAUCGAACUGCCAGGACUAAAAAGUAAAGCUAAACCAGAUAGGGAUCUCGUCUGUAUUGAUAAAGAAACAGAAAGGCUUGUAUUCUUAGCUAGUGCAAGUGAUUUUGAAGAGAAUGUAAGAAUACCCCGAGCGUUGCUUAAAAAGUUCAGUUCCAUUAGCAUGUAUAGUAAAUUAUUAGAUGCUCAUUUAUAUGUGAUGAAAAAUUGGCUUGUUAAUUACCUUAUUGAAUCUGACAAGUUUACUUCAAUAAAAGGAGAGUUUGUACCUCAUAUUGUAAAAAAGCAGCUUUCAAAACCGAAAGCACCGUUAGAUAGAAAAGGAACCUCGGAGAGAAAUGUGGAUAUUGGUAAAGAUAUUUUUGAUUUUGCCAUCGACUACGGAUACGAAAGUAAAAUAAGAGAAAUGUCAGCAUACAAUGAUCAUAAACUUGGCAGCAAAGGAGUUUAUUAUAAUGAUGUAUUGAGAUGCUAUGCUCUAAUUCCAAGUAAAAAUACAUUUGGAGUCAGAGUGAACACACUUUCAUCAUUCUAUUUAUGUAACAAUAAGAUACUGUCAAAAUGGGAAGAAGUGACUGGUUCGACUCUCACAGACAAAAUACAUCCUAACAGUGAUGUAAAAACUAAACAAAUCGAUGAGUCAUGCACUGUAGGAGAGAAAAGUAUUAUUGCUGAGAAAACCUCCAUAAAAUCAACAUUUGUGGGGGCAAACUGUGUCAUUGAAAAUAAAGUUCGAUUAACUAAUUGUAUACUAAUGAAUAAUGUUACUAUAAAAGAAGGAUGUACACUUCAAGAUUGUGUUAUAUACACCGGAGCAACUGUGGAGUCAGGUUGUAACCUUCAGUACUGUCUUAUUGGUCCUCAUCAUGUUGUUUCUGCUUCUUCAGCUGGCAAUCAUCAAUUAUUUGCUGAAACCACUGACAAUAUGAUUACACUAGGGUGAUUGUAAUUGAAUACAAAUAUUCUUAUUAA